AUGAAUCCUCCUCAAUCCCGUCAACCUCCCUCCAACCCCCUCCUCCGCCCGACCAGCAUCGACGCCCCUCCCGCCCCCCUCCGAAUCAUCUGUAUCGGCGCCGGCAUCAGCGGCAUCAUCACCGCCAUCCGCUUCCCCCAACACCUCUCCAACAUCUCCCUCACCCUCCUCGAAAAGAACUCCGACGUCGGCGGAACCUGGCACGAAAAUCGUUACGCCGGUUGCCAAUGCGAUAUCCCCGCUCACUCCUAUCAAAUGACAUUCGAGCCGAAUGUGGGGUGGAGUAAGUUUUAUGCACCUGCGCAGGAGAUCGGGGAAUAUUAUCGGAGGAUGGCGAGGAAGUAUGGGGUGUACAAGUAUUGUCGGUUCAACACGAUUGUUACGUCUGCUGUCUGGAACAGCGAGAAAUCGAAAUGGGUCGUCGGUACGGAAAACCUCCAAAGUGGCGAAAAGACGGAAGAAGAGUGCGACAUCCUCAUCGGCGCAACCGGCUCCCUCAACAACUGGAAAUGGCCCACAAUCCCCGGUCUUGACUCCUUCGCUGGCAAGCUGCUCCAUUCCGCACUCUGGGACGAAUCCUACGAUUUCUCGCACAAACGCAUCGCAGUAAUCGGCUCCGGCUCAUCCGCGAUCCAAAUCGUGCCCGCGCUCUCCUCCCUCCCAGGCGUAGAGCUCUCCACCUUCGUUCGAGGAAAGACAUGGAUCUCACUCCCGUUCGCCGGGGACGAAGCUGUACGCCGUAAUCCAACUGGUCAAAACUACGAAUUCAUGGAGGAGGAGAGGGAGAAGUUCAUCAGAGACCCCGAAUACUACCAUGCUUUCCGCAAAGACCUCGAGAGGGAGUUGAACUUGGCGCAUGCAGUCACGUUCUCCAACUCUGCGAUGCAAAUGGAGGCAAGAGCCUUGUUCAAGAAACACAUGCGAAACAAACUCGCCGCGAAACCGGAGAUUGCGGAUAAGCUCCUUCCCGAAUUCGCCGUCGCUUGUCGCCGUCUCACACCCGGACCCGGAUACCUCGAAGCCCUCGCAUCGCCCAGCGUCUCCUUCGUCACUGACGAAAUCGAGAAAAUAACCUCGCACGGCAUCUUAACCACAGACGGCGUCGAGAGGACCUUCGACGUCCUGAUCUGCGCAACAGGAUUCGACACCUCCUUCAAACCCCGCUUCCCCUUCAUCGGCUCCGACACCCAAAAUCUUCAAGAUCGCUGGUCAGAGCCGGAAAACCACGCAAACGCAUACCUCUCCGUCGCCAUCGACAACAUCCCGAACUACUGGUCUUAUCUCGGUCCCAACUCCGCCGUUGGUAGCGGAAGUUUGACGAUCGUGCUUGAGAGGCAGGGUGACUACAUUAUCGAAUGCAUCAAGAAGAUGCAACGUGAGCGGGUUUCGUCGAUGGUUGUCAAACCCUCCGCCGCGGCGGGUUGGAGUGCGUUCGUGGACGAGUAUUUCCGUACCACCGUCUAUGGCGAGAAAUGCCGAACAUGGUACAAAGCGGGAAGGGAGGAAGGGAGGGUUGUUGCGUUAUGGCCGGGAAGUUGUUUACACGCGGUCAAAUCCCUCGAGCAUCCACGAUGGGAAGAUUACGAUUACGAAUAUCGUCCCGUUGAAGGUAGGGAUGUUCCGCAUAAAUGGGCGGAUUGGCUCGGUGAUGGCUGGACGCACGCUGAACGACUCGAAGGCGAUACGGCGUGGUAUCUCGAUUCCAUCAACUACCCACCCGUUGAUCCGGUGGAGGCGUAG